CGACUCUUGGGGGGACACUGGCGGGACCCGGCGGCCGGAGCCCCGCGCGACCCUCGUCUCUGGAAACUUUAUGCCAGCCCCCACACCUGCUCUCGGGCGGUUCUCGCAUCCUCUGGGCGGCCGGGAGGGGCGAGGCCCGGGGCACUCCGCCGCGCCCCCUCCUCGCCGCCCGACUCCCCCGCCUCGCCGGCUGUGGGUGCGCGCCCCCCAACUGCGCCCUGGUGCGACCGACGCCCCGGCCCCGCGUACCGGCCCUCGGGCUCCUUGGCCGGCGUCCUGUAGGCUCCCCUCCCCUCCUCCUUCUUCCUGACCCUCUGCACUCCGGCCGCGCCACGGUCUCUCCACCUCCUCGCCGGCGGUCCUCAUCCACUCGCUCCGAGCCUCUCGAGCUGUCGGCGGCCCUUUGCAUCUUUCAUAGGUUUCUGGUGCAUUGAUAGAAGCAACUUGACUUUCAGCAAUGCCAAGUAUUCAACUUGAGUGUUUCUCUGCGGUGGUAGAUUGGGGUGCACAGUGCUAACGUGUCUCUCUAUUUCUCCUAAGUACCCUCGCUUCAAAGCAAGUUGAGUUGUUUGUGUGUGAGAGGAGUCGCCUGCUGGAGCUGCCUUAGUGGAUUGUAUAACUAUAUUUUAUUUAGGUGGAUGUUGCCAUUGGUACCAGCCAGUGUUAUGGUAACUGGGCGUCCCAGAGGCAAGGGAAGGAGGAGUGACUUACAAUUGCAGUUUUACUGUCUAGGGAUUAAAAAAGAAACAAACAAACUACCUUGUACUUUUCAUCCAGCAGGACCUCAAGGCAUUUGGCAAGUGUUAACUAGCCGUUCUUUGUAGUUUUAUAGGAGGGGUAGGCAGAGAGCAUUGCCAUCCCGUUUUACAGAUGUAAAAACAGAGGCAAAGAACCAGGUCCUGAUUCCUUACAUUUAUUUACAGAAGUAAAAUGGAAUGUUGGAACAUCUUCCCUGAGGUUGUACAGAUCAGUUAAAAGUCAAAGAGGCUGGGGCCAGGUGUCAGCAGCCCUGUGCUUGAGACUGUCAGCUCUGUCACAAAGUUAAGUGAUUCUGGACAAGUCACAGCUGCUCCCUCCAUGUUUCCUGUUGUUUAAAAUGAGGGGAACAUAGGUGCUGUCUUCUUUGCAAAGUUGUGUGUGUGUGUCUGGAAGUUCCACUCCCUUGAGCUGCAUUUGGUGAUUGUUAGUUGUUGUGGACCCAUAAAGGCACCCAUUCUUGGGCUCCCUUUAGAAAUGCAGAGAAUGAGGUGCCCCCGGAAUGAAUAACUGUCUCUUCUUUCCUGGGGACACCUGAGAAUUCACGUCAGGGACAGGCUGAGGCAGGGACCCUGACCCUGGGUGGGGGAAGAGGUUUGUCGGGUGGAGGUAGGAAGGCGCCCUGCACAGGCGGCUUGACACAUGGGCCCUAUUCCUGCCUCCAGCUCUGACUCAUCUUCUGACGCUUGGGGGAGGAGAAGGUAGUUGCUUGAUAUUUUUGGCUUUCCCCCAUAAAGCAGGAGACGGUUUCCUUCAUUCCAAGUCGUUUUAACGUCAGUGUCAAACGUGUCUAUGCUGAGUUCUCAUCUGAAAUCUUUCAUAUUGGUUGAAUGCAGAUCUGAUUUGUAGCCACUGUGAUCAGCACUUCCAAUUAGGACUUUCCAGAUCCUGACCCAGGACUGCGGAGUAACCAGAUUCCUCACAAGAAGGAGAAGGUGAUUCGGAUUCCUUGGUGGAGGAAAACUCAACCCUCUGGUCUUGCUUCCAACGAUGCAAGUGUGAUCGCUAGCAUCUUCAUGAGCUCCAGAGGUCACAGCACACUUCCACGGACUCUAAUGGCCCCUCGGAUGAUUUCUGAGGGCGACGUAGGAGGCAUCGCUCAAAUUACCUCCUCUCUCUUCCUGGGCAGAGGCAGUGUGGCCUCCAACCGGCACCUCCUUCAGGCUCGUGGCAUCACCUGCAUCGUUAAUGCUACCAUUGAGAUCCCCAACUUCAACUGGCCCCAGUUUGAGUAUGUUAAAGUGCCUCUGGCUGACAUGCCUCAUGCCCCCAUUGGACUGUAUUUUGACACGGUGGCCGACAAGAUCCACAGCGUGAGCAGGAAGCACGGGGCCACGCUGGUGCACUGUGCCGCAGGGGUGAGCCGCUCGGCCACUCUCUGCAUCGCUUACCUGAUGAAAUGCCACAGUGUGUGCCUGCUGGAGGCCUACAACUGGGUGAAGGCCCGCAGGCCUGUCAUCAGGCCCAACGUAGGUUUCUGGAGGCAGCUGAUAGACUACGAGCGCCAGCUCUUUGGGAAGUCGACAGUUAAAAUGGUACAGACGCCUUAUGGCAUAGUUCCAGACGUUUAUGAGAAAGAGUCCCGACACCUGAUGCCUUACUGGGGGCUAUAAUGCCACCAAGGCCUGCAUCAGCAGCCCCUUGAGCAGUACCAGCAUCUGCUACACACCGUCUGUUCCCCUUUUCACCUUCUUUUCAAAUGGUUGACUUUUGGUUCUCCCUGAAGUGUUUUUUACACUGGGUGUUCGUUUAUUUUAAAAGAUAGGGCGGGAGGGGAAGAACACAAGGGGAAUGCAUACAUUGCUAGUAACAUUUUUAAAACCAACAUUUUGGAAUAGCGUUUAUGAAAAUCUUUAACUGGCUUUUAAUCAUUUUUAACAAUUUGAACAGUUGAAUAAACUGUUUGGUUCUGCUGUAUUCUGAAUCCCAUGCCUUUAGGCAUCAUGGCAGGUGCAGGAGGAGCUCAGUGCAAAAAUCACUUUGGGUCCUGAUUAACCCUCUAGAAACCAGCUUUGCCCAAGGCUGCCGACCAGACAAAUGCUUAGGGAGGAUUGAUACCAGCUUCAGUCUCUACUGGAUUAGCCCUACUCUUUCCUUUCCUAUUAUUUAGUGACUCUGUAAGUUAAAAAGCUAAACCUUUAUUAUCUAGUUGUUAAUUAUAAUGAAAUCUGCUGCAAACACCCUCUCGGAAUCAUUGUGCCCCAGGACUAUAUUAGCAUUAUUUUUAAUAAAUAUAUCUGCAUAACACA